GUUGUUAAUGACGCUUUCGUGUCUUUCAAGUCUAAUAAUGGUGUAAAUCUUAGUUGGCAGUUAUUUCCAUUUUGGUAUGUAAAUAAAAUAAAUGUCGAUGUGUCUUGUUGAAUUUUAUUUUGCUGAAGCGUGCACAGACCUUGUUAGUAGAUUCAUUUGCAAGUGUUUCGAUCACCUUCUAUUUCAGGUCUAUAUUAUUGUAUGGAUAAAGUGCAUUCACAUGCUCUAUACUCUUAUUCUGAUAUCAAUAAAUUAUCCCCAUUAGAUGUUGAUAUGACCGUCAUAAACAAUUCAGAUUCUGACAAGAGUGGCGUUUUACUGGAUACAUGGUCUGUGAAACAUUCCAGUGAUUUAGUUUCAACCCCGAAUGAUCUGGUUUCCCUGGCAUGGCUUCAGAAGAGAGAUAUUCUACAGAUAGCUCCGUUAGAUGGAGAAGACGAUGGUGGAGAUUCUGUUAGUUCGCCGGUCACUGGACGACCAGAGGAUGAAGAUAAUUUCGAGACCAACCCUAUCUUGCACAUGGGUUCGUUGGAGCCUGUUCACCGUUCACCUUCACUAGUGCCUGUAUCACAGUUUUCAGUCCUAGACAGAUGUGUCCGACGUCCUGCCUCGGUUUCUGGAGAACAGCUCUCUCAUAGCGAACAAUCGCGUUUCUCAACAAACCCUACUGUCGCCCUUGGCACCCAUGGUCUUACAAAGCCAAAUUACAGCUAUACGCACCUUAUAUUUAUGGCAAUCGAGUCUACUCCACAAAAAUGCAUGACUGUCAAUCAAAUUUACAACUGGUGCGAAUCAAACUUCCCAUUUUAUAAACAUGCUGGUGUUGGAUGGAAAAAUUCUCUUAGACAUAAUCUUUCAAUCAAUAAGUCUUUCAAGCGCCUACCUCGUGAUAGUCGUGGCCCCGGUCGAGGUGCUUUCUGGACGGUUGAACCUCGUGAACGCGCAUCUCUGCUAGACGCUAUCAAAAGAAACCCGUGGAACUUUGCCAGUGUGACCGCGAUGGGAUGUCACUUAUCUGAUGGUUCUCACAACGUUACUUCUGCAUCUGCAUAUCCAGUUAGACGUUUUGGUCUUGCACAUAGCGCUCCUGGUCACCUUUUACGAGCCGAGGGAUUGGGAAGAGAUAAACUUGAGUCAACCCCACAAAUCCGUCUACUGUACACUAGCGAUGGUAAAGUCUUGGCAACUUACGAUGCUUCAUUCAUUGAUCCCUCAAAGUUUGAAUACGAUCUGACUGCUGGUAAGGAGAAUGCCGCAGUCUUGUCUUCUGAUGUCCCUUUGUCCGACAUCAGGUAUUGGACUUCACCAUCUGGAGACACUACCAGCACUGAUGGUGCGACGGCCAAAGUUGAAUGGCCGGCUGAAGAAGAGGAGAAGUAUUUGGAUACUUUACGCUUAUUAAAUGAAGGAGAGGAAAAAGUCACAGAGUCACAAUCAACUAUAACAGAACCUUCAGAUGAGAAUUCAAUGAGUAAAGCGAAGUCUGAAGCUUUGGAAAGCUUUAUUGGUACUCAUAUUUUGGAUGAUGCGAAACUGGUCACCAAACAGAAAAGAAAGUCACGCUUGUUGCCAACCCGUAUAAGGAAGUGUAACGAGUGUAAGGAAAAUACAUCUGGUUGUGAAUCCUGUCUGGCUAAGCGUUAUGAGGUCCUUAAUAGCAAUUACGUUCGUUCGGCGCUCAAAGAAUAUGACCUUGACAUUGGCAACAUGUUGGACUGUGAUCAGGAACAGGGGCCCGCUGGUGGACCACUUGUUAAGACAAUAACUACUAGGAUUUCUAAAUCUGCUUCACCAGUUGCCGAGGAAAAUGAAAGUGAUGUAGAUUCAUGUGACGAAAAACCAGCCAACCCUGAAACAUUAAUUUAUUCGUCAGAUGAAGUUUACGUCACACCACCCCCGUACAUUGACCAUGAAUAUUCUCACUGCCAAGCCCAACUACGCCGACCUGAAGAAAAUCAGCUUGUAAAUAAAUUUAAUGACAACUACUAUACAAGUAGACUGUCAGAAUUAAUGAACCUCUAUCCGCUUCUCAAAGCUUUUGUGGAUUCCAUAGUUCUAGAAACAGAUGCUAAUUAUGAGGCAGAUGAAUUUGACGACGGCUUUAGUUCAUCAGAAAAUGAUAUAUACAGUGAAGAGGACUUUGAUGAGGAAAAUCGUGAAUUAAAGGACUCGGGUAUUCAGGAUCUUUGUGAUUGCGAAUAUACUUUUUGCAGACGGAGCUCUCGUCGCCGGCAUCCAGUUUCACCGUACUACGAAUCUCGUAAGACACGUUCAUUUAGAAUUCCGUCUCGUGGUGUUAAGCAGCGUAAGGGAACCAGAUCAAUGAAAUUGUCUUCAUUAAACAGUUGUCCCACCCGAAGAUCCAAACGAGUUAUAAAGGCUCCUCGCCGUCCAUAUGAUGACUUUGAGAGAUCUCAAUACUAUAAUUAUGAAUUAGAUGAUGAGUCAAGAAUAUUGAUUUUUGAUGGAAGGGAAGGAAAUUUCGGUUCCAGCGCUCAAUCUAAUAUGAUGGAACGUUACGGUCGCCACUCACCUAAUAGUCAGUCAGAUAUUGAUUCAGAAAGUGCUGAGAAAUCUAUGGAUAUUGAGAAUAGUCGAUAUCGCUAUCAAAAUCAUUACCAAUCAUUAAAACGUGCUCAUCAACCUAUUUCAGGUACUCAGCCACACUUAGACAACAUCGUUGGUCGUUCGUCUCCUGAUUUGGAGGACUAUGAUUUUAGUUCUGAUCAAGAAGAAAGUUAUUUACGUGCUGCUUCCACAUUACAAGUAAGAAAAAACGGGACAACCUUCAGUUCAUCCCAUCCACUUAGCAAACGAUCUCAAACAAAAAAGCAAGAAACACAUCUUGAUGUCGCCGAUGGUUGGAAUUCUAUGAAGUGGCCAGUUGGGCGGAAAAUAGAUGAAUCUUCAAUUAAUGGUUUAAGGUUAGGAGAAAGUCACAACGGUUUUUCUGAUGAUAAACGAAUGAUUCAAAGGGAAUUAAGUGAUAAAAUUCAAACCUAUAAAGAGACAGUAGAGGAGCCUGUUUUAAAACGAAAGUUAGUUUAUGCUUUGAGUAUCAUAAUUGAUUCUGUUGUAAUUCGUAUUUAUUAUUCCCAGUCCCUAGUUUUUUAAGUGAGUAUAUAUCUGUUUCAAGUCAGUCGUAUUAUAUAGAAUCUCAAAUAAUUAGUUUCUAAUAUCAGCCUUCACCCCCAAAUGCCGUGGUACGGCCGAGAGUGGAGUCCGCUCUCCCUCUCGAAAUGCUCCCACAUGGCCACGCGAAUAUAUAGCCUCUGCCAGGGAAGUCCUACUCACUGCCUUCUCGUGGCGGCGGUGUUGUUUACGAAAUUGAGAGGACGAAAAGCGAAUGUCCAGCGCUUUAACCGGGUUGGUGGAUAUAGAGGAUCCACCUAGGGAGUUGGAAAACUUUGAUUCCAAACCAAUGGUGCACAUGGGCUCCAGUAUCCUGAAGGAACAAAUGGUGUAUGAACAAAUUGUUGGUCACCGGCUACCAUGGGACUGCAUCUCUUCGCGAUGCUCCACUGCCUUAUGGACUAGACCUUCAGGUCAACGGCUCGGAGUGUGGCCCCCUAAGAAAACCACCUGCUUCGGUUUGGGCACCUGAGCAGUAUCACAGCCCUCACACAAAUCAAAUGAGAUUUGUGAGGCGCAUAUUUAUCUGUUGCCCCUUUGUACCUAUAUUUGUGUUGAAAUAUAUAAAAAUAAAUAAAUAUGAAAAAUUGCAACUAAUCAGCAACUACGCCAUUGUUAUCGAUUCUGAGCCAUGUCACCCAGAGUCUCCAACCAUUGGUUAUGAUAGUCACCUGGACCCUAACCAAGUAGUCUGCAUCUACCAACAUGGCUCAGACCACAAUUUAGUGACUUGAUCAACUGAUUUGCCAUCAUUCUAAUACCUUGCAACUAACCUCAUUGCUACUUACCCGGUGAUCCCAGCAGAUGUUGGCAAUAAUUCUAAGACAUUUGUGGUCAAAUACUGUAGCUUACGAGUACCUUCUUCUCUUAAUAACCACGUUUCAUACCCGUAAAGUAAAACAAAGAUUUGCUGCUCAGUAUACUCGUUCCUUAAUUGAUAGACGGAUAUCUCGCCUUCGCCAUAGUGGCUUUUUGAUUCCAUGCAGAGAUUUCGUCAGACACCAGCCCAUUAAGGCUGAUCAGACUCAGUUCUGGAGUAACAAUUUACAUUUAGAGGGGGGAGAAACCAGCCUGACUUUAUCGUGCUUGCAGUUCACGAGUCUUAGUUAGGCGCCCGAUAAUUAUUGAGGCAAGUAUUUUAGAUGCUAUAUUAGUCAAACUAAUCCCUCUAUGAUUAUCGCAGGAUGAUUUUAGUCCGUUAUAUAUUGGGACAAUCAGAGAUUGUGACCAGUCAGAUUGGAUUGCUUCCAACUCCCAGAUUUUAGCUUAAAUAUCAGUCAACCUAAUCGCUGAAAUGUGACCACCAUAUUCAAAGACCUCUGUAGCCAAUCUAUUAGGACCAGCUGCUCUUCCUCGUUUCACAUUAGCUGUAGCCUUUUGAACUUCAACUAGAGUCGGGGGGCUUACUUCAAUGUUCCAUCCAGACUGUUUGGGAAUGGUGACUAACUGUAAAGUAGCUGAAGGUCAUCUAAACUGUUCUCUAAAGUGUUCCGCCCAUCGUUCUAAACGUCUGGGCUGAGCAGAUAAGCGUCGUCUUUUUUCGAGAUUGUCUCGCUUACAAUUGACUUCUUAAUUCCGGUUUCUUUUAUUAGUCUGAUGUUACCUACAGCCGCUGCCUUUUCCGUCUCUUUUACUUUCGUUGCCCACCACUGCUCACGAUCGUUCUGUAGACUUUUGGUUAACCUAGAUUUGUUUUGCUUUCGCUCUUCAUCGUGUUCGGAGCCUGAUGGGAUGAAUUUACUGGAAUCCAUCAGUGAAAUAGACUUAGAAGAAAUCCAUUGGUUUUUUGUAACCUUUUGGUUUAAAUUACUAAUAGGUGUUACUGCUGUUUCAACAGCUGUUCCAAGCAACAUCUGAUUCAGCCUCGUUCGCGGAAUUACCUAAGUGUAACUUUAGUUGUUCCUGGAACUUGCUUUGGCUCUCUUGUUACUGAGUUCAACUCUGACGGGUAUUCUUAAUGUGGCUUUUCUGCGUCCGUUGAGGCACAAGCAAAUACGUGCUAAUUAAUUGGUUAAUAAUAAGUUGUGUAUUGCAGUCUUUAGUACUGAAAGUUGCAAUGUGGUCACCAAUUUUAGUUGUUUGACACUAAGCUUGUGUCCAUACCUUGCAAUGUCGAGUGUAAUUACACUUUUUUUAUUUCUUUGUAUUAGUAAACAGACGGCUGUAGAUGCAGCACGAUUACUACUGGGAUUCAGUCAAAUCCAAAAUCUCAGACAGAAAUCUGAGUGUGUGAAUCUGGACACCAGUGUAGCUAGUUCAACAUUAGAUUUCAAAAGAACAUCCAUCUCCAAUACAGAUAGUGCCACUUCUGAAUCUAUAAUAUUACAAGAAGUGCCGGCCACUCUAAUCUAAAAAUGUCUUUUUUCUGAAUAUAUAUAUAUGAGCGUGUAUAUCAUUGAACUUGAAUAACUCGUUGAUUUCAGGGUUACCUAUUCUAGUCUCGUUCGCUCAACGCGAAUAUUUCAACCCAUGACCUGAUUCACCUCAUCCUGCAAUAUUAGUUUCGUUUCCAUUUUUCAUAUAAUUUCUUCUGUUACAACACGUACGUUACUUUGUUUAUUCCGAACACUGCGCCUAUUGACAGAGUGCUAAUUUUGUUAUAGAUUUUUCUGUAUCAGGUUCACAGCAUAAAUUAUCAUGUUGUUUUCAUCUUAUACUUGUUUAUCAUGCAAAGUAAUUUGUAGCACCCGCAUUUGUAUUUUAUCUAAGUUUUUCAAUUUACAUGAACCAAACUUCUGUGCAGUAUUAACAAUGUGUUUGGAGGCUUCUCCUAACUUUUAUUCCUUGCUUAAACGAAAACUCCUCCCACAUCUUUAAAUUAGUGCAAUUUCUGAAUUCGGUGUGGUUAUUUUCAAAACAUGCAAGGAAAGUUCGUUUUUUACUGUAAUAAUCAUAAUGCGUUGUAUAUUCAACAGUAUUGCAUGUAGAUGUUAUUUGUGUACUUUUCAUUUUCACUUUAUUUACUGUUCUUCCGGUUAUUUUUGGAAGUGCAUUUUGUUGAUAUAUUUGUUACUCAUCUGUUAUACUGGUUUGUAUCAUUUUUUUCACAUUAUGUAAAUCCAUCUACUGGAUUCUUUAGAUGCAACUCUUAAGUUAAAUACUUUGAUCAGUGAUUUUGAAUCAUCUGUCAAUAACCUAAUGUGCAGUAUUAUUUGUAUAGUUUAAGAGAAGUUAUCUAUUU